ACUCAAUGUCACCCAAAUCCCUCAACUUCCACUGGAAGAACAAAAAGGCAAUACAGCGCCAUGGGGACAGUGCCAUCUCUAGGGCUUGGUCGAUCAAAACCCUAACUUUCAUUUUUCAUCGCCAUUUUUCCGGCUUGUUAUAUGGUCUUUCUUUUGCACCCAAAAGAAGAAUGAGCAUUUAGACAAUGCUUUCUAGAGAUCAGGAGCUUCUGCAAGAGUAUCUGUUCCAAAGAAGAGAUUUCUUUAAUCGUGCUUUGACAAGGAAAAUAAGCCUUCAGCUUCAUAAAAAUGAAGAAUGACUGAACAGUUUGUGAAGAUGAGCAACAGGAACCAGGAGCAGAGGAGACAUUCCAGUCAGACAACAGGCACUCAGCCAUCUAGGAAGCAGCCAAGAAAGGGAGGGAACCCAGUCCGGCUUCCAUCAGCUGCUGGGCUUACUCAAGAUGAGGAGUCUUCAAACACAAGGAUAUGUAAAAACUCAGCUUGUCGAGCUGUGCUAUCUUUAGAUGACAUAUUCUGCAAGAGGUGCUCUUGCUGUAUCUGCCACUCAUUUGAUGACAACAAGGACCCUAGCCUAUGGUUAGUCUGCACAUCUGAGUUUGAUAAGGGUGACACUUGUGGGUUGUCUUGCCACAUUGAAUGUGCAAUUCUAAGGCAGAAAGUUGGGGUGGUUGAUCUGGGGCAAUUGAUGCAGCUAGAUGGGACCUACUGCUGUGCUUCUUGUGGAAAAGUCACAGAAAUUCUUGGAUGUUGGAAGAAGCAGUUUAUCAUAGCGAAGGAAGCUAGGCGGGUUGAUGUUCUCUGCUAUAGGAUAUCAUUGUGUUAUAGGCUUUUGGAUGGGACAUCCAGAUUUAAAGAGCUACAUAAAGUUGUAAGUGAUGCCAAGGCCAAGCUCGAAACAGAGGUGGGUCCAAUUAGUGGGGAUUCUGCCAAAAUGGCACGUGGCAUCGUGAGCAGACUCUCAGUUGCUGCAGAUGUGCAGAAUCUCUGCUCUCUUGCUAUUGAGAAAGUAGAUGCAAGGCUCAACUCCAUUUCUACUGCUAACUUCAAUCACCGAGAAAACUCACUUGGUGCUGCUUUCAUAUUCCUAUUUGAAGAAGUAACAGCUUCUUCUCUUGUUCUUGUUUUGGAUGAACCAGAUGCUUCACCUUCUGAUGCAGUUAAAGGGUACAUGCUCUGGUAUUGCCCAAGCAGGGAAGAACCAUCCUCCAAGGAGCCUAUGCGCAUCUUCCCAAGGACUCAGAAAAGGGUUCUAAUAUCAAAUUUGCAACCUGGCAUUGAGUAUCUUUUCCGGAUAAUUCCUUAUACUGAUUCUGGCAGCUUGGGUCAUUUUGAGGCAAAGUGUUUCACUAGGAAUGUGGAGAUAAACCACAAGAAUUUUGAAUCUGAAGUCGUCGUUCCACAAAAUGAAAUUAGUCCUGAUAAUGAAAGACUAGAUACCAGGAAUGAAACAGUGCCAAGGACUUCCAGUUUUAAGGUCCAGGACCUAGGAAAGGUUCUCUACCUUACUUCAGCAGAAGAACAAGGCUCUCUGGAGGGAUUAUGCAGUGCUGAUGUGGAAGAAUGCAGUGGUGGGAGCAGUGCAAUGAGAUAUGAAACCCCAGAAGAUGAAAAACCAAUGCCAAAUUCGCGUGAGCUUGACUUAAAUGUUGUUUCUGUGCCUGAUUUGAAUGCAGAACUAACACCACCACUAGAGUCCUCCAGAGAUGAAGACAAUGAGUGCACCUUGGAGCAGGUGGUUGAAGCUGAGGAUGAUGCAGUAUCACAUGGCUUGGAAAAGAAUGAUCAAUCAAGAUCAAGUGGUAGCCACGACUCACAAACUUGCAAAAUCAGGGCAAUCAGAGAAGUUCCUGCUGUUGAAUCCAGAACAGAGUUAUGCAGGAAACAGACUCUGAGCUCAAAGAGUGAGGCAUAUGAUUGCGUUAGCACUCUAAUUAAUGGUUCCCCAUUGCAAGUCUGUGCUGGAUCAGGCCAUUUGGACAGGAGCUAUGAGUAUUGUGUGAAGAUCAUUCGAUGGCUAGAGUGUGAAGGGCACAUAGGACAGGAAUUUAGGAUGAAGUUCUUAACUUGGUUUAGCUUGAGAUCAACCGAGCAGGAGCGGAGGGUUGUGCAUGCAUUUAUCCAAACCCUAAUCGAAGACCCAAGUAGCUUGGCAGGCCAGUUGAUUGAUUCAUUCUCAGACAUUGUGAAAAGCAAGAGGACCCGUAAUGGUUUCUGCAGUGAACUAUGGCAUUGAACCCGGAGCAGGCAAAAGGAUGGUUUUAUUCUUUUUCUAUGUGAUAUUAUUGCUUUUGUAUGUACAGGCUUUCUGGGAUCUUGAACAAAUAUGUUUGUGGAGUUUAUAAGUCUUUGCAGGUAGAGCUCUUCUGAUUUUUCUUUCUUGAAGAGCUCAUGGUUCAUAGCGGUAUUGUAUUGUGAGAUCUUCCUAUUUUAAUUUGAACUUUAGUCAAGGCACAUAUUACAAAA